AUGCAUUCGUAUUCGAAAUAACACAUCUUUAUAUCCUAUUAUCAUUGUUCUGUUAUCUAUGUGAUAAGGAUUCUAUUUUGAUAGUUACACAGUUACGCAGUCGCUCUCAUCUCUUGCAUUCAUUUUACAAGCGAAAAUGUCAUCAGAAGCUUAUGAUGUCAACUAUGACAAAGAACAUCCAAGAAAUCUUAUUCCAGAACUGUGUAGACAAUUCUAUCAUCUUGGAUGGGUGACUGGUACAGGAGGCGGUAUCUCCAUCAAACAUGAAGAUAUGAUCUAUAUCGCUCCUUCUGGUGUACAAAAAGAGCGAAUGUUGCCCAAUGAUAUGUUUGUGCAAGAUAUCAAUGGAACAGAUUUGGAGUUGCCACCACCAGAAAAGAAAUUGAAAAAGUCACAAUGUACUCCACUAUUUUUAUGUGCUUAUUUAAGGAGGAAUGCAGGUGCUGUUAUUCAUACACAUUCUAAAUUUGCUCUAAUGGCAACAUUAUUAUGGCCUGGAAAGGAAGUCAGACUCACUCAUCUUGAGAUGAUAAAAGGUAUAUGGAAUCAGAAAGAAGGUAGAACAUAUCGUUAUGAUGAAGAAUUAGUAAUACCGAUCAUAGAAAAUACUCCUUUUGAGAGAGAUUUAAGAGAUGAUUUAGAUGACAUUAUCGUUCAUUAUCCUGAAACUUGUGCAGUAUUGGUACGCAGGCAUGGGAUUUAUGUGUGGGGUGAUUCUUGGCAGCAGGCAAAAACUAUGACAGAAUGUUAUGAUUACUUGCUUGAUAUUGCAGUUCAGAUGAAACAAUAUGGAUUAAAUCCACUGGCAACCCCAAAUGAUUAUGAAUUAAAAUAUCAGGCAAAUGGUACAUCAGAAUAGCAAGAAAUUUUAAUACAAACGGCAUUUUGAUGCCAUAAAUUUGUAUAUCUUUAAAUUAUGUAUAUAUUUGACACAUAUUGAAUGUGCACAUAAAAAAUUUUUAUAGAAAUUAAGAUAAAAAAUGAA